UUGUUUCCUUUUCCUCCUGCACAGUCGCGAUGACUACUCCCUAUAGCAACGUUAUGGGUUAAGUGGUGGGAGAGUAGGGGGCUUUUAUUUUAUAAGAGGCGAGUACAAAACUCGAAUAUUCAGUGAGACGGAGAGAAGCAAGGACGACACCUGCCAUGCGAGAAUUCUGCAUUCUUCUUUGAAUCUCAGAUCUGUUCAUACAAGCUAAAAACAUUUGCUGGAAUACGGCGAGGGUGCCGAAAGAUUCAACCCUCAACCACUGAAGGACAAAGUGAAAUUUUGACGAUGAAAUUCAAUCUGGUUUUAGUCGCACUUCUCUCUUUUACUACAUGGAUGAACGCAGUCUACGCAGUCCACGGACCCACAGACAACUGCUUGUGUCAUCAGUGGUCCACCACCACAGUCCAUCCUGAUCGGAUUGUGGAUUACACCGUUCAGAAGGAAGGCGUCUGUCCCAUCUACGCCAUACUGUUCAGGACAGUGUUAGGAAAGAGACUCUGCUCUAAGCCCAACACUGAAUGGGCGCAAAAAGUGAUUUGGACGGUGGAUGCAAAGAAAGCAGCAUCACUGGGGACGACACAGAGCAAAGACGGGUCAGCCAGUGAGAGCACACCAGCAGCAGCCUUACUAACAAACCCAGCUGAAACAAAAGCCACAACUGUAAUGAGACAACUGGAGAACAAUGAUGACGAGGGGGCGAAAAGCAAUGUUCAGAUGGAGGAUGCAAUGAUGGCAACAAGUCCCAACACACAAGGACUGGGAUCAGCAGGUAUUACAACAACCACAAUGUCCACCUUAACAAACCCAACUGUAACGAGACAACUGGAGGACUAUAAGAACGAGGGGGUGACAAAAGUGAAUCAGAAUGAGGAUGGAAAGAAAGAAGCCUUGAUGAGAACGACUCAAAACACAGGAUUGGGAAUGUCAGGCAUGACAACAGCAAUGUCCACCUUAACAAGCACAACUGGAAAGAAAAGAACUGCUAGAACUACAAAUCCGAAUAAAAAUACCAGGAAGGUGGUGAAAAAAGUGAAUCAGAGGAAAAAGAAAAUUAAGUGGCGACACAGAAAAAUACAACGGAACAAAAGAAAAAUUAGGCAGUGGCAGAGGAGAAGGUCGUAGAAAAAACAUAAAGAAUCUAAUUAUACAUGAAAUGUUUCUUUCACCAAUCAUAAAUAUCUGCUAAAUGUUUUCAAUAAAUGUAGCACUUUGUUGUUUAUAAAUGUGUUCAUGUGUCAAAAAAAGCUUCCUAUGAUUUUAACCUUUUCACUGUCA